UGUAUUUGUAUUGUAUUUAUAUUGUAUUUAUAUUGUAUUUAUAUUGUAUUUGUAUUGUAUUCGUAUUGUAUUCGGAUAUUGAUAUCCGUCUGGGUAACAGUCAUUGUACAUUUGUAGUGUUAUGUUUUAUUGACGAAGCAUGAAAUAGAGCAUUUGUAAGGUUCCACUUUAAUAACGCGGAUAUAAGACAAACCCUAUGAUCUUCCACUCGGUCAUUAAACUACUGACGCCUUCGGCAUCGGAACUAGUCACUAGUCGAUAGUUUCGAUUAACUCGAUACCUUAAUCGAUCGAUCGUAAUCGGACAUCCCUUCCGCAUUAUAAUAUUCAAAGAAUACGCCACAACCGCUCGACCUACAUUAAAAAUUUUAUCACAAAAACGGCCAUCGUCCAUCGCGCGCAGUCAACGUCACCGCUAGCCCAAGCCCACACACGAUCGCGCUGAACCGCUGCUGGACCAGCGCAGCGUCAGGCAACGCAGUUUCCUUCCUUCCUUCCUUCCAACGGUGAUCCUCCUCAUCCUCGCCCGUCACUGCCGCCAUCAAUGCGCACUGCUGCACACCCCUCGAUCGAAUUGCAUAAGCCUGGUCAGCCUGCGAGCGUGCGUGCGAAAAAAAAAACACAGAAUCUGGCCUACUGCUGCCUUCGCAUCGCAGUAGGCCGAGAAAACCAAAUCAAGCGACGCGACGCGCAGUGCGACGUGGUGGCGGAGCGCCGCGCCCCGUCGCGAACUUGGAUUUUUCAUUGUCAAUAUCGCCAUGACGACGGCGACGAAUGGUGAAGCAUGAGCAGCCGCCUACUUCUAGUAGUCUAGUAGUAGUUUGCCUUCGUGUGGUGUCGCCUUCCUUGCGCGUUGCGAGCAAGCGGCGGAACCUUGAUAUGCAGAUUGCUGCUUGCUUUUCAGGCUGUCGUUGUUGGUUGGCGAAUCACACACAGGCCUUCUAGCUACGUACUAGGCUGGCAACAUGUCCGGAACAUGUUAACUGCGCCGAGGGGGCUGCAGAGCAGUGCUUCGAGAAAAGAGUUCCGUUUUUUUUCGCGGUGUUCUUCCUUGACGAUGUGGCGACCGGACUUGCGGAGUUGCCGUGGAGGCAAACUAGUUGCACGUUGAUUGCAACUCAACAGUACCUAGAGCAGGUAAUCGCUGCUUCGCAGCGUUGUGCGUUUGUCACCAACAACGUCUCGGUGAAGGUUUCGCCGAGGGGUGACUCAAUGGCACGUAGCGGACGAACGUAGCGGAAGUUGUGUCAGGCUAGAGGGACACUGAAUAAUUAUGGAAACGAUUAGAAUCCAAGUAAGCUGUUUCCUGACAGACAACACAGGGAAGCAAGUGUUGUUCAAGCUGUGAGGACAUGGCCGAAGUCGGGUUUUCUCAUUAGAAUCUAAUCAUUACUGCUAGAAGAGAUCUAAUAGGACUCAAAUCAGCAAACGGAUAAAAUGAAACAUGCAAAUCUGGUAGGAAUCCAAUUGGGAUUCAAUCAGAAUCUCAUACCGGAUUCAACCUUGAUGGAUUACGGGUUCGUCGCUUCACCGGACGAAUCUUUUGUUGGCCUACUUCGUUAGGGUUGUCAAGUGCGACGGAAAAAUGACCACCACCGAGGGCCAUCGCAAAGAACGAAUAUGUGUGGCAAGCACCGUUCUUGGUGGGUCUCCAAGCAUGGGGAAGCGGUGCAUAACUGACGUUCCAGCGAACGGGUUGCACAAGCAGCACAUAAAAACCGGUUUCCAGGCCAGGCAAUCCGAUCGCAGCAGCAGCAACAGAGGAAUCCGAUGACAACAAUGAAAAAUUCGAAAAUUUCUUUCCUUGAACAGAGAUCAAUCAAAGCAAUCUUCCGUUCGAAUCAAAACUCGAAUCGCGAGGGAUGACCCAUCUUUGACAGAUGCAAACCAAGGUGAUUAGAGAGAGUAGGUGCGCAACUUAGCCUUUUUAGAAACAAAAAGCCGCACAGUUUGACCUCCUUUUUGGCGGACAGAUGCUGGCGAACCGUUUAACGCCGACUGCGCAGCGCGCACUUGGAAGAACAGCCGGUUGUCGAAUAGGUAACGCGCCAUACGACGAAAUUGGAUAAUUGCGCCCCAAAACAACUGACGGCAUGCAGGCACAGCUACCUGCUUGCUACUCUACCUUGACUAGCAGAGGUACAGAUGCAGUGGAAGUGGAAGUGGAGCUAGCCACCGUUUCUUCGCGCCCGAAUUUCGGGGAAACCUUUUGACACAUGCAAAACACUGCGUUGCGUUGCGUUGCUACGCGACGAAGAAAAUGGGUCUCUGCGCUGCGCCUCCUUCGUUCGGUUGACCUCUAGCAGCCAGGUCCGUUAAUAACGUGUAACAAGCAGCGCGAGCAGUCAUCAUCAUCUGAUGGAAGCGAAGAAUCGACCGGAAAGAAUUCCUCCUCCCCCUAGGAAAGGACGGACGGUGGUACGCGAAACGAACGAAAGGAACGGAAAGGAAGACCUGUGCUCCACCUCCUCCCGGUCCCGGUCCCGGGAGGAAAUGAUGCGCGCGAAUUCGCUGCUACAAGUGUUUCGUUGUUCCUCUUUUUUUCGGUUCGGCUGUUUCUCCAGCCAAUUGUUGUUUCGACCAUAUGCUUCCACUUAAUUACUGUUUACUGUAUCGUCGUAUCGUAUGGUGGUACGUAGCAGUAACAGAAGAUGCUUCGUUCGUUCUUUGCCGUUUGUGCGGAACAAUAACAUGAGGAUGAGGUGAAGGAGGAGAAGUAGAAGAAACCGGAGAAAGGGUUUCACCGUAGCAGAUUGGUUUUGAAAACACCGUAUGUUUCGGACUUCCGUUCUCGGAUCCGAGUCACUCGAUUUUCCCGAAUGAAAAAAAAACUAUAAAAUUACAAUUGAACUUAUUGUUAUGGCGCAUUUUUUUACAACAGGUUUGCCAUAAAAACUGCAGCGCUGUAUUACAAUCAAUUUACUGUAUGGCAUUGAUUGGUACCAUAAACGAAAUGGUAAAUGGUGGGUGAUGUUACAAUAACAAUAAGUCACAAUGUAACACAUGUCUUGACAGCAACAUUUUGGAAAUUUGUUCAUACAGAACUUAGAGCAAUGCAGUAGUAUUAACGUUUUUUUGUUGUUGCUUAUGCGUUUCGCAAAAUAAAACAAUGUAUAACUGUAAAAUGACGUUAUAGUAAAUGGUAGCAGCAGAAUUGAUAUCAAUACAAACACUGUUGAUCGAAUGGUUGUUUAGCAAUUGAAACAUAAUAUAUCUUUCACUAUACUUUAUUGAAGAUAUAGAUAUAAAUCGUUCUUUAAUGCGACGAGCAUCAAAUUAUAGAGAUCAAUAAGUAAAAUCCUAUUCAAGAUGUAUAAAAAGGAUUAUUGUAAUGUUCCCUGUAUCGUGAUAAUAUGUUGUUUUGAUAUUUGUUUCUAGUUUCCAUUUCUGCAUCCGAAUCGGAAGUGAUAGUUACUAGAUCACAAAGCUCGUCGCCUCGAAUCGAUAUGAUUUGAGAUUCCAAACACGUGGCAAAUUGGCCUGAAACGAUGAAAUUGAAAGAUUACCUUAGAAUCCUUGGAAAAUAUCGGAAGAAUCCAUCAUAAAGUCCAUGCAAGAACGGGAAGUUCUUGGACUUCUUGAAGAAAUUCUUAGAAAAGUUCUGUAGACAUUUCUGGGCAAAUGUCUGGACCAAAACCUGCAAAAACUUCUGCAAGAAUUCCCUGUGGAAUGCAUAGAAUCACGCACCAAUCUUUGCUGAUAUCCCUGAAAAAUCCAUAAAGAAGAGUUUAGAAGUUCAACAGGAGCCGUCUGUUCUAGAGAAAUUCCUGGAGGAGAUUUUCAAUAAAUCUCUGCCGGAGUUCUUGGAUCCACCAAUGGAAGAAUCUCUCAAAUAUCUAUCGAGAAAUCUCUAAAAGAGUACACGAAGGAAUAUCUAAGAUUAGGUGUUGUCUAGUGAGGAACUCCAGGAAAACCUUCAAGGUAAUUUCUUGGAAAAUGUUCAGAUAGAAUUUUUGGAGAACUAUCUUGCCAAAUUCUAGACCACUUUGAGAAAUUCAUGAAAUACCUUGGAUUUUCCUUAGAGGACAUCCUGGAAUGUCUACUAGAGCUUCUCCCGUCACUUUUUCAAUAGGUCAUCCAAUUUCUAACGGAAUUUCUGAUCUAAUCCUUUGGCAGAAGCGCUGAAUGAGAUUCUUGAGGCUCUCCGAAGAAACUUUUGGAGUUUUUGAGAAACUCACUGGAGAAUUACCAGGAUAAAUUUCCAGGCCAAUGCCUGGCGAAGUCCCUGAAGAAAUCCAUCAGAAAAUCCCUCCAAACAAAAGCCUGGAGAAUCCCUGAAAAAUAACGAAAGAAUCCAUUAAACACCCCUCAAAAAGUUCAUGGGUGAACGGGAAGUUCUUGGAAUCCUUGGAGAAAUUUUUGGAAAAAUUCUGUAGGUUUUUUUUUGAGAAAUCUCUCGAUCAAUCCCCCAGAGAAACCCCGGGGAGUAUUUCCGGAGUUUCGCGAACGAAUCUUCAAAGAGAUCGCCGAACAUUCCAUAAAAAGAGGCAUACACCUGUGAAGUGUAACAGGAGCCAUCAAUUCCUGGGAGCUAGGAAUUCCUGGGAAGAAUUUCUGGAGCAGUUUCUCGAAAAAAAAAAUCUCUGGAGGAAUCCCUGGAUCCUCCAAUGGAAGAAUCCAUCAAAUAUCUCUCGAAGAAUCUCCGAAAGAAUCCUUGAAAUGCUCUAAAGGACUAUUUACCAUUAUUUCUCUGAUAAAUGGUCCUUUAGAAUUUUUCAUGGAUACUUUCGGAGAUCCCUCGAAAGAUAUUUAAGAUAUUUCGCAUGAAGUUGUUGCUUGAAAAAUUCUGAAAUUAUUGGAAAAUGAUCAGAGAGAAGCUUUGCAGAACUUUCUAGAUGAAUUCUACGCCAAAACUUUGAGAAAUCCAUGAAAUUCCCGGGAUAUUGCUUAGAGGUGUUCCUGGAAUGUCUACUAGAGGCUUCUCCCCGCAUUUUUCAAUCGGUCCUCCUGGAACUUCUCCCGACUGUUCUCUCUGAUUGUAGGAUUUUAACCCGAAUCGGGAUUCCUUUCCGACGGAGUUCCUUCCGAGAUUUGUUCAGGGAUUACCUCAGGAAUUACUUGGAGAGCAACAGCUACCGGAGUUCUUCCUGGGAUCCUGGUUGAGAGAAAUUAUGGUACAAAAUUCGAGAGGUAUAAGAGAAAUAUCGAAAUCAAUCUAAGCUGACGGACCAACAACUGCAGCUUUAAAAACGUUUUGAGAACCGUCAUAAAACUAGUUCAUGGCUUUUUCGUAUUCCAAGGUGUAUCGAAAGCCUACGGGUUCACUACAGCAGACGGCUCGACAGAAGGCUAAGAACACCAUGUCACAAAAUGCCAAUUGUCUUAGUAUUUGUCUUUUUUCGGGUUUAUGAUGGUUCUAAACUGCUUCUCAAGUAUAUUAGACAUGACAAUGCAAUGUUCCGUCAGAAGUUCUUUCAAAAGCUUUCCCAGGGAAUAUUUCAAGAACUCUUCAAGUAGUCCCUCUCGGAAAUCAUUCAGAAAUGCCUCUUGGGAUUCCUUUGAGAGUUCCAACUGGGAAUUUCAUGCAAUUUUGGAUAGGAUUUGUUAAGGAAUUGAUAUUGCGAUUCCUACAGCUAUUUCUCCUCGGAUUUCUUCAGGAAUUCCAACUGUGACUCAUCCCUGAAUGUUUUCAAUGGUUUCACCAGGAAUUCUCCCAGUGGUUUUCCCAGGAACUUCUUCCAGAGACUCUUCCAAGAAUGCCUGCUGGGAACUGUGAGAUAUAAGAUGUACUGAAUAAAGCUGUGAUAAAGAGAAUGAUCACAGCAGGCGAUAUAGCGCAUUUGAAUAUGAUGCGAACUGUCAAGCAGACAAUGUUAGCAUCCCUGCUUGCGUAGCAACAACUCCAGGCGUCACCCAACCGCGUUCACUCUUGCCACUUGCGAACCAACGUCAGCCUGGGUAAGUUGUGUGUGCUGCACGUGAGGGGUGAUUCCUUCCCAGAGAAAUCCUAAACUCCACAGGAACCUCCCAGGAGUCUGCAGAAAUUCUUGUUGAGAAUCCUUCAGAAAGUUCCAAAGUUGGUCGAAUAACACAGCACAAUCAAAGGAAAUCGAUCAAAUAACGAGGCUAGUUCAUCAUGUUGCUGAAACUCGGAAGCUAGCAGAAUUCCGUUGUCUGACAAUGAAUAUUUCUCGGUGUGUUUAGAGUCUUGCCCCUCAGUAUGUCAACAGACGAUUGAUAACGCAUACAAAUUUCCCACCGGGGUAACGCCUACGCUAUCGACUGACAGUUGCUAACGAGAUCAAAGCAGGCCAAGAGCGUUCCUCUUCCUCUUUCUGCGGUCAGCGUUCGAACACGUCAGAAGUAUUGCAGUGCAUCGGGUCGCUGCUCUGGACGAUUCUCAUCGAGAACUUUCAAUCAAAUUCCUACAUCCGAGAUCUCACAGAAGUCAACACUACGGAGAUGCUUGACACCCUAAUACAGCGUUUGAGUGCUCUUGCAAAACGAUUGCGACGUUAUGGAGAAUGUUUGAAGCGGAAGGAACAAAACCUGAUGUUUAACAUUAACGAAAGGGAAUUCUACAACAGCGUCCGAAACGACAAGCCUGAUUUUGGAGAAGGCCUUCCGGAGAUUGGUGACGCCUCACAGUUCAAGGAUGUGGUUGCCAGAAGAAGAACAGCAGUGUAAUGGAGUUGGAGGCAUGACUGCGGUCGCAGUAACCAGUUACCAGUGUACCAGAAAUUGGACUGUACCAGGACCCGAAUUAGGUGCUGAAAGACCCAGAAGCUGCCAGAGUUCAUUACCAGGGAUACCGUCUGCCAAAGAGCCACAGCACAGCUGAAACAGGCCAAAUAACAGACCAAUAAUGUGCCUUCAUAGUCCAUAUGUACAAGAUGCUGUCGACGGUAAUAGGGCACUGCAUGGAACUCUCUCCUUCUCCUUCACUCUUACAGAAAUUUUGUAAGCAACAAGGAAAAGAAACGUCAAAAUCCCAUACAAGAUCAAAACAGUGCAGUGCCCUAUAGCGAGGAGGAUACAAGCCAACUGCGAUGCCAAUAACGUGAUGACUGAAGAACGAAUAGGGUGUCGCAAAAACUCGUAGACUGCAAAGAUCAGGUCAUCACAGAUGCAGACAUUGUGGGUCAAGCCACCGAAAAGCAGAGGAACUUGAGCAUGGUGUACAUCGACUACAAGAAGGCGUACGACUCAGUUCCGCACUCGCACCUUCUCAAGGUACUGCAGUUGUACAAGGUAGACGUAAGGCAGCAAACGAUGUGGAUGUGUUCCCUACAAAUUACCAAUGGUACAGCUGUCUUGCGGUCCAGAACUCUCAGCAUCAACACAAUAACAACGCACACUUUCUUUAUGGAUGACCUGAAGCUGUUUGCGGAAUCAGUACAGAGGUUGCAUCAACUGUUGGAGCUUGCAGACGGUGCUCAGCAACGACAUCCGGAUAGAGUUUGGAACUGACAAAUUCUUCAUUGCACGAAGAAAAUUAUUGGCAGAAUUCAAGUCACUUUGACAGAUAACGCACUUAUGCGUUAUCUGUCAAACUGACAAAAACCAAGGCCGCCUUUGUCCUACUCAUGUAGAACUGUCAGUGUGACCUUAGAAUUGUCAAACCACGUAAUGAAGGAAGACUGUCGGUCAGUGUUCAUCUUCGCAGAACAGUAGGCAGUUUACACUGAAGGAAAUCUGCAGUGUAAAAACUUAUCAAAAAAUCACUGAAAACACAGCUACUUUUAUUGCUGUUAAAACUGAAUCUUGCAUAUAAAGGUAUCAACAACUGCUCCAAAGCGGAUUGCCUCCCCAAAGAAGGAAGUUCGAACGAUUUCGACACUCCGCCAACAACGGAAUCAGUCCGGAAGAGGGCCAUUCUUUUCCAUUUUCGUCGGAGUCGGUCGUCGGUAUGAUACGCGGUUCGGUCACAUUCAUAUUCUAAUCAGGUGUCGACAGCACUCAAAAUCAAACGCAUAGAGCUCGAAGCGCUGAAACACACGCAUUAUGCAGAACUUUGUUAGCUGUGAACCUGCGAAGCGAAAAGGCAGCGAGGGAUAUGACGAAAUUUUGACUCGGACAAAAGGAAUGCUAAUUAUUUACUGGAGCAGCUCUUCCUGCGUGCGAGCGACGGUGACAACGGUAUAGCGAGCCUACUGCGAUCAGACGAGUAUGUAGGGAUGCGCAAGUGAGAAGAUUCCAACAUUUAAUCGAUCAAUCUAGAACAAUCUCACCUGUUGAUCUAAUGUUCAAUUGUUAUGGCAAAACAUCGACACAAUUCCAAACUUGAACAUCCCUACUCGUCACGACCAGAACGGCGGUGACCAGAAUAUUGGUCUAGCAACGUUAAUCGUCGCCAUGUUUCUCAUUAGAAUGUUAAUACACGAUGAAUGACGGUGUCCGCCGAGUGUUGUCGGAGUCUUCGCGCACCGUUUGGUUUCCAUUCUGCGCGCAAACCGGGCAACAACCAAGAAUGAAUGAACCUAUUCAUUACAGUUCUAAACGGGCGGAGAUGGUAGAACCGGAGCGAAUCCGUUCGAAUUAUCAUUACAUGCAAAUUAGGUUCGUGGUGGGAACAAGACGAGGAGGUGGAAAAGUGCGAUUCAUUAACUGUACGCGCGCUUGCGAAGCGGAUUCUGACGUAGCACAGCAAACGCUGUUCAUCGAACUCAUGGUUUCGCGAUCGCACGCUAAAACUAGAAUACGCACGCCCUUUUUCGGUCGCAAUAGCAACACAGCAGGUGCUACUUAGUGAUUCAAAUGACGAUGGACAAUUCGGAUUCGGCCGAGGCGGGAAACAAUGGGACACUUCUGCUUCUGCCUGCAUUCCUCGCAGUAGGCCGUUCAAAUAUUUCGCCCCCCUGUUGACAAACGGCGAAGAGAGGCGACGCGACGCAACGCGACGCCGGCGGGGACUUAGUAGGCUGCGCGUUGCGUCGAAUCCGAAUGGAAUCUAGCGAAGCGUAAAUGAAUCGCUGCUAAGCCCAGAAAGAGGGACAGUAGAGAAGAAUGGAAGUUCCCUUCCCGGAUUAGGGAAUGGUGUUCGAAUGUAGAGGAAGGUCGGUGACUUUGUUUAGUUCGAUGACAGAACAAAGGGUCACGAUUACAAUGUGUUACUUAAUCGGUUCAGUUGCGUUUGACUCGUAUGCGAUUCAAUCUGAAUUUGACAGCUGACCAGUGUGAUUAACAUUUCUGGCAACGCUUACGCCUGGCUAGGUUGCCAGGUUUUCGCUCAUUGGUUGCCAAACUCUACCAAACGUUAGCGAAAAUGCAUUCUACUUAUACUAAAAUAGGGUCCUAAAAUUAAAGACGAAAUCUCGCUUAUAUUGAGAAUAAGACAAUUACACCGUCUUCAACCUUGCGGCCUCUACAGACGAAUAAUACGAUCAAGCAUGGUAUUCUAAUCGGAAUUGUACUUUACUCGAACUUGAAAAACAAAGGAAUAAUGAGAAAAUUCGAAAUAAGUAAAAUGGUAAAUAGUUCUACUUUGACACUUGAGGUCAACCUUGUGUGACGGAGCUCGACAUUUUUCGCACUGGAAAUUAAAAAAUGUUCCUAUCUGACAUACACGGUGAAAAAAAAUCACUCAAACUAUGUGUUAUAAGCUAGGGACGAGACAAAAAAAUAAAAAAAUAAAAAUUAUAUAUUUUCAACUACGGUUAAUAAAAACGUCAAAAAAUGAGUAAAUGUGUAAUCUUGUACCAUAUAUUGUGGUUUAAAACAAGAAUCUAGAUAGGACUUUAGGAGCCUAUUCUACAACUUUGCCAAGAAUAUUUGCAAGUUAAUCUUCGAAUUGAAAUACCUUUGAGCGAGGCUGCACUGAAUGAGCGGGAUCACGUGCAUCACACUUUAGCGUGAAAACCCUUCGUCGAUCGAUCUACAUUGCCUUCCACUUCGGGGCUCGAUCACACCCACUGCAGACACCGAAUUGCAAUUGCGAUCGACACUUCUUCUACAGCCAAAAAACGAAGAUCACGCGAUCACCCCCAAAAAAUGGGCAAAUCUUGUGCGUCACCUGGGACAGCGGAAUUUUAACUCACUGUCGCCGCAAGGGCACGUUGCCCGAUCGCCCACUAAUCACCAUUUGAAAGGAAACGGGAGACAAACAACAACCAGAGGCGAUCGCGAUCAAAUCCCGGCGCGCGGAGACUUAGUGUCGUCUACGUGCUAACAAGAAGAUCGUUUGACACCGAUAUGCUACCGUUUGGGAUGAUGCACCAAGCGCGCAAAACAAUCUCCAGGUGGGACAACCAGCAGUGCCAAUUGAGCCGCCGUCCGCGACAAAAGCCUCUCUUCCGCGAUGAAUUCCACCAACGACGACACCGUUUGGAUCGAAAACGGGACUCGAAUAUCCGAGGACAACGAUACCUCCCUACAGUUCGAUUGCGACGGUUCGUCCUACAUCCCGCAAGGGAUCGCGUCCCUUCGGUUCCAGAUCCUGAUCUACCUGGCGUACAGCGCGAUCUUCCUGACCUCGAUCGUCGGCAACGUGGCCGUCUAUCUCGUGGUACACCUCCUGCCCCGGAUGAACACCGUGACGAACCUGUUCAUCGCGAACCUCGCCCUCGGCGACAUGCUCAUGACCAUCUUCUGCAUCCCGUUCUCGUUCGUGUCGAUCUUCGUCCUGCAGUACUGGCCCUUCGGCGCCGUCAUCUGCCGCAUCGUCAACUACUCCCAGGCCAUCUCGGUCCUCGUCAGCGCCUACACCAUGAUCGCGAUCAGUGCCGAUCGCUACCUGGCCAUCAUGUGGCCCUUCAAACCCAGAGUCACCAAACGCCUUGCCAGGAUCCUCAUCCUUCUGGUCUGGGCCGGAGCCCUGGUCACCGCCGCUCCGAUCCCCGUAUUCUCCACCCUCAUCCAACCGACCGAGUUCUACGACGCCUGCGACCUCUCGAUCUGCACCGAAGUCUGGCCCGACGACCACUCCGAUCACAGCUACUCCAUCACCUUGAUGACGCUCCAAUUCCUGGUACCGCUCCUGGUCCUCAUCACCACCUACGUCCAGAUCGCGUGCAAAGUCUGGGCCAAGACGCCGCCGGGCGAGUCCGUCAAGGGGCGCGAUCGCCGCAUCCUCGCCUCCAAGCGCAAAAUGAUCAAGAUGAUGAUCACGGUGGUGGCGGUGUUCACCGUGUGCUGGCUGCCCUUCAACAUCUUCAUGCUGAUCCCGCUGGAUCCGGACUGGCGCCCGCUGCCGUACCUGUGGUUCCUGUUCCACUGGUUGGCUAUGUCGCAUAGUUGUUACAAUCCGAUCAUAUAUUGCUAUAUGAACGAGAAGUUUCGGCAGGGUUUCGGGCGAUUGGUGGAGGUUGUUGGGAGGAAGUGCUGUUGUGGUUGGGUGGGAACCCGGCGCAGGAAAAGUGAUGCCAGUACCAAUACGGAGAUGAUGCAGCUUUUUCCAAGUACGACGCUGAUGACGACGGUGGCGAGUGGUGUUGGGGGGAGUCGGGAGUGGGGUCAGAAGGGGUUUUAGGGUUGUCGAAUAAAGUGAAUUGUGAUCGGUGAAGCGAGAUUUUGAUUUGGAGGAGAGUUGAGAACGCCAUGAAAGUUUAGGAUGGUUUAGAAAGCUUGUCGGAGUUCACGUCGUAAUGCAAUGUUGGGAAAAAUAUGGGUUAAAGUGAACGAUCACUGCGUUACACUGUGUUACAACGAAAACCAUGUUGUCGGAGUUCACAAAAACUCGGAAUUGGGAUAUAAUAAUUUCGCUGCAAACGCUACGUGUAACCUAUGUGAUAACGAAUGUUUUGUAUCAAUGUUGGCAGUGUUGUCGGAGUCAAAAUCAUCACCGAAAAGCUUCAAGACAUGUUUUUUAGAUCAAAAUCCAUUGUUUCAAGAGCAUUAUCAACUUAAGAGUACUAAGGCCGUUCG